AUGGAAGCUCAGGCCCUGUAUCAACAGGUAUCUACCAUUGCAGCUGAGAAUAAGAGAUUCUUCCUGCAGCAGAAGUACUUUAAUGAUCAAGGAAAUACAGGACACAUGAUAGCUAGGGCCCAGCAAGGGGUGACCCAUAUAGAAGCCAUCCAAAAUGUACAGGGAGAAAUGGUUACUGACCAGGCUCGAAUACCUGAAGUGUUCAAAGUUCACCCUACACAGGAGAAGCUAGAUCAUUUUCUUGAUCAGUGCUGCCUUCCAUGUAGUUCAAGACAGGGCUUCGCUGCACUUAACAGCCCAACAAAAACUAGAGGAACUUUCCUUAGCGCUUUUCUGGUCACAGAGGCACUAAAGCAUGUGAACUUUUCACUACUGAACAAUGAAAUAAGCUUCAACGUACAUGGUGAUUCUCCAACAGGAUAUGACAUUGUCUUCUGGAACUGGUUUGGUCAUACUCCAUUUCUGAAUGUUGGGUCCUACCCCAGCUUAGGAAAACUUGAUAUCAAUCUCCAAAAUAUUAUCUGGCAAACCUCGAACAAUGCGGUUCCAUCAUCGGUGUGUUCUUCUGAAUGCUUAUCAGGGCAGGAAAAACAGCCCAAAGGAUACUUUAAAUGUUGUUUUUCCUGCAUCAGCUGUGCAGCUGGGACUUACCUAUAUUCAAAUGGUACCUGUGUGGCUUGUAGAGACGAUCAAUGGUCCAAAGAAAGGAGCACUGUCUGCUUGGAUAAAACUAGAGUCUUUUUGACUUGGAGUAACCCUAUGACCAUAAGUGUGUUAUCUAUAACAAUUUUGGGUAUACUGAUUAACAUUGUGAUCAUGGUGACCUUUUUUGUUAAAUUAUCAAGCCCAGUGGUCAAAGCUGCAGGAGGAAGAAUGUGUUUCCUCAUGCUCUCCUCACUGACGGUCUCCUAUCUCAGCAUCCUGGCCUACCUGGGUGAGCCUGGAACGGUGAAAUGCAUCUUUAGACUACCCAUAUACAGUAUUGCUCUCACAGUCAGUUUCUCCUAUAUUUCCAUACGUUCCUUUCAGAUAGUCUGCAUAUUUAAGAUGGCUUCUAAGCUCCCAGCAACAUUUGAUUACUGGGUAAAACGGAAUGGGCAGUACAUCUGCCUGGGCUUCCUUUGUGGUGUGCAGGUUUUCAUGUCUAUUAUCUGGAUCAUCAUCAAACCACCUACUGCUACCACCAUAGAGCUGAGUUCUGACCAAGUUCUGUUGGAAUGUAGUCAGUUUGGCUCCGUGUACAAUAUUUCCCAGUUUAGCUACAAUGUUAUUCUAAGCCUUCUGUGCUUUACCUUUUCUUACAUGGGCAAGGAGCUACCCAAAAACUACAGUGAAGCCAAAUGUAUCACGUUUGCCAUGUUGAUUUUUUUUGUGGUCUGUAUCUCUUUCUUUACUGCCCAACUAAUUGACGUUGGGGAGUACAUCACUGCAAUUAAUGCAGGCCUGGCUUGGCUCAGUCUGAUGGGAAUUAAAGGUGGUUAUUUCUUCCCCAAAUGUUACAUCAUUUUCUGCCAUCCACAAUUUAACACCACAAAGCACUUCCAAACAACCAUCCAGUCUUACACAAACAGGGGGAGUGGAAGCACCAAAUAACACCAAGUCGUUAGAUGGGACAUGUGCCACUUUAUCAGGGACCACUAAAGAAUUUCAAAGAGGGGUUUGUGUGCAUUGUGUGUAUUAUUAACAAAAUGUGUAUUUUCUUCUAAUGAAAAUAAUAAAACUAUAAGGAUUCUGAC